AUGUUACUUUUAAUCCUUUUAUUUUCAAUUUCUUCGGCUCUUUGGCCCCCAAAACAAACGCCUCGAAUAAUUCGAGCAACAAGCGUGUACUACAACAACCAAACUCAAUGGAAAGACAAAUACGCCAACUGGAAUGAUCCAGAAACAAUUGCCCUUGAAGAAGUAUUCAGAAACGAAAUAGAGGCGAAGAUCGGCGGCGAAGGAGUAACCAUUGAUAUACUCUGGUUUCAAUCGUCGAACUACGAAUUCAAUUCUGGAACCUCAACAGCUGCUGUUUUCUCAAGAUUCGAAACGACUGAUGAAAACUUUCAUACCUACAGUUCUAGCUUCUCGGAGCUUCUCGAAGCCCAUCCGAAUAGCUUUGCGGAAUGGAAGACGAUGAUAGAGCCCCUCCACAACAAGAUGAAUUUAUUAAUCGGAAUCAUUUUUCGCCACCCAACAGAGUGCGAUCUCACCGACGAUAUGACUUCAAUUCUUUGCAAAAAUCUUUGGAAGAAGGAUCAAAACUUGCCUGGAAACAAAGACGGAUGCUCGGUGUGGAAUACCGAUUGGGACAAAACUUCAGAUCAACAAUAUUAUUUCAAAGCCGAGGUUCUUGAUAUGUUUCAUUUGGAUAGGUUUGGGUAUAUUGGACGAUACCCACCUUCCUCGGAACCGGAUGCUGACAACGAAUUUCCGGUCAACUAUUUUUCUUAUUUUUGGCUAAAAGAACUGAUGAAAAAUAGUAACUUCACGUGCAUAAAGGAGGGUAAUUACCCGGAUCUUGCUUAUAUCGAUGUGCACUACUACGGAGAUUCGGACGAUCCAUUGACUAAUAAUGAGAUAAAGUACUGUUCUUUCGGGGCGGUAGGUUUUCUUCUUGCGAUUAGUAGCGUGUUUCUCCGAUUUUUCCUCGCAAGAAGAUAUGCAAUAUUUUCAUUCAUCCUCGUCAACCUCAUUAUGGCAGCUUUUGUGGUGUAUUCUUUCUUUCUUUGGUUCGACUUUGACAACGAGUUCAAAACAUUUUACAUGAUGCCAACUUGUUUGUCAAUUUCUGUCGCGUACAUAAUCUAUUCGACUCUUGCUUGUUGCUGUUCCAGGAAGAAAUAUUGGAGCGAAAAAGUAAAGCCGGAAGAUGACGAAGAUGAAGGGCAAAAAGAAUCAGAAGGCAUUGAAGCCCUUUGA